AUGUGGCGCGCGCUGCUGGUUGCGGCGAUGGGCCUGCUCGCCGGGCCCGCGCUCGCUGCCAAGAAGUUCAGCCUCACCAUCGGUUACCUGCCAUCGAUUAAAGGCGAACUGCGCGAUCGACAAGGUCUUGCCAUAUCUGGUGCCUUGUCCAUGGCCCUUGAAGAGGUCAACAACAACACAGACAUACUACCCGAUGUGGAGUUGAAGUUGGAGUGGAACGACACCAAAUGUGAUACGGUCACGGCAACUCGGCUCCUCACUGACAUGAGCUGUUCUGGCGUGGUAGCUUUCUUUGGACCCGAGGGUCGGUGUCACACUGAAGCUAUCAUCGCGCAGUCCAGGAACCUGCCUAUGAUAUCAUAUAAAUGUUCUGAUUAUCAAAGCUCGAUGGUUCCCAAUUUCGCAAGAUUGGAACCGCCAGAUACUCAGGCUACGAAGUCGGUGAUAUCACUGCUCCGAUACUACAGAUGGAACAAGUUCUCCAUAUUAUAUGAGGAGCAGUGGGUGACGGUAGCGUUAACUCUGGAGAAUCACGCGAAAAAGAACAACAUGACAGUGAACCAUCAAAGGACUGUCAUCGAGGGGUUCAAGUGUUGCGAGGAGAAACGGCCGUGCUGUGCGCCAGGAUUCUGGUACCAGUUUAUACAAGACACCAAAAAUAGGACUCGCAUUUACGUAUUCUUGGGGUCUACUGCUGGUCUCAUAGACAUGAUGACUGCGAUGGAAUCCUUGAAACUGUUCGUGAAAGGCGAAUACAUGGUUAUCUUCGUCGAUAUGAUGACUUAUUCAUCCAAGGAAUCUCUUAAAUAUCUCAUGAAAACCGAAGAUCGUGGUUCUGCUAAACUCGUGUGUCCGAACACUGAUGAGUUUAAGAAGCGGGCGCAGUCACUGCUGGUGGUAGUGUCAUCAGAACCAGUGGGCAGUUACGAGAAUUUUACUGCGCGCGUGCGCCACUACAAUGCUAUGAAGCCUUUUCAGUUUCCAUUGCCCGCCGUAUUCGAGAACAAAUUUAAUAAGUUCGUGUCAAUCUACGCUGCUUAUUUAUACGAUUCUUUGAAACUCUACGCCACUGCACUCGAUAGAUUGAUACGAGAAGAUACACAAAAGGAGAAGUUGACUCAACAGAAAUUGAUUAGUAUCGCCACGAAUGGCUCCAGAAUUGUCGCCAAAAUGAUCGAUAGUACACCAUUUAGAAGUGUGUCCGGUAUGACGAUUCGUCUGGACGAACGCGGUGACUCUGAGGGUAACUUCUCGGUGUUAGCAUUUAAACCCACAACUUUCAGCGAUGACGACGUCAAUUGUACCUAUAGCAUGAUCCCAGUAGGUCACUUCCAGCAGAGCUCGAGGGAGUUUCCUGAAUACAAACUGAAUCCUCGUCUACCAAUCGACUGGCCUGACAAUGUGAAACCCGAAGAUGAACCUUCGUGUGGGUUUCUUAAUGAGAAAUGUCCGAAAGAUGACUCGCAAAUUACGUCUUUAGUGGUAGCGGGCACGCUGGCGGUCACACUUUUCUGCGCUUUAGUUGUUACCAUCAGUAUUUAUCGCAAGUGGAAGAUCGAACAAGAGAUAGAAGGUUUACUAUGGAAAAUAGACCCGCAGGAGAUAGCCGGCUAUUUAGGCAGUGGACUCAUAUGCUCGCCGAGUAAGCUGAGUUUGGCCAGUGGCAUAUCCUGUGAAAGCAGAUGUUGUACGCAAAUAUUCACAACAACGGCUCAGUAUAGAGGGAACGUCGUAAGAAUUAAGGAAUUGAAGUUUUCGAAAAAGAAGGAUAUAUCGCGUGAAGUGAUGAAAGAGAUGCGUUUGUUGCGUGAGUUACGUCACGACAACUUGAAUUCGUUCAUUGGCGCCGUCGUAGAACCGUUGAGGGUGUUGCUUAUCACCGAUUAUUGCGCCAAAGGGAGUUUGUAUGAUAUAAUUGAAAAUGAAGAUAUAAAAUUGGACAAAAUGUUUAUAUCUUCAUUAAUCCAUGAUCUCAUUAAGGGUAUGACAUUUAUUCAUACUUCGCCAUUAAUUUUCCACGGAAAUCUUAAAUCUUCGAAUUGUGUAGUUACGUCCAGGUGGAUGCUUCAGGUUACUGAUUUUGGUCUCCAUGAAUUGAGGUAUUGUGCUGAAAAUGACUUUAUAGGAGAACAUCAAUAUUAUAGAGGGUUAUUGUGGAAGUCCCCGGAACUCUUACGAGAGUUGGACAAUCCCAAUGGGACUGUGGGUGGCACACAGAAAGGCGAUGUUUACGCAUUUGGUAUAAUUUUAUACGAGAUAAUUGCAAGACGAGGGCCCUUCGGGGUCACUGCUUUAGAACCCAAAGAUAUAGUAGAGCGAGUUAAGAGGCCUAAACUGGAUGGCGAAGAAGUGUUUAGACCCGAUACAAACAGUUUGGAGGGAUACACUGAGGACUACGUCAUAUCAUGCAUGAAGGAUUGCUGGGCAGAGGAUCCUAAUAUUCGCCCCGACUUUCCUACUAUAAGGAGUCGUCUCAAAAAGAUGAAGUCUGGGAAGUCAAGAAAUAUCAUGGACCAAAUGAUGGACAUGAUGGAGAAGUAUGCUAAUAAUUUAGAAGAACUAGUCACCGAAAGAACGAGGCUACUCAUAGAAGAAAAGCAGAAAACUGAAGAUUUAUUGCACAGAAUGCUACCAAAGUCUGUAGCGCGUCGCCUCACCACAGGCGAGGGCGUGGAGCCAGAAUCCUUCGAUUCGGUUACGAUAUACUUCAGUGAUAUUGUUGGUUUCACCGCCAUGUCUGCGGAGAGUACUCCGCUACAGGUCGUUAACUUCUUGAACGAUUUGUACACUGUCUUCGAUAGAAUUAUUAGAGGCUACGAUGUUUAUAAAGUGGAAACAAUAGGAGACGCCUACAUGGUGGUUUCAGGGCUUCCUAUAAGGAACAACGACAGACACGUUGGUGAAAUUGCAUCAAUGGCGCUCGAAUUAUUGAAUGCAGUCAAGAGUCACAAAAUAUCGCAUAGACCAAAUGAAACUUUGAAAUUAAGAAUAGGAAUACAUACAGGUCCCGUGGUAGCGGGAGUGGUGGGAUUGACGAUGCCUCGUUAUUGUUUGUUCGGCGAUACUGUGAAUACGGCAUCACGGAUGGAGUCUAACGGGGAACCUCUACGUAUACACAUAUCGCCGAACUGUAAGCAUGCUUUAGACAAGAUCGGCGGGUACAUAGUGGAACCACGAGGCACUAUCCCCAUCAAAGGCAAGGGACAGUUACAAACAUAUUGGUUGGUCAGCGCUACGGACAAAGCAAUUCAAAAGAGGCCAGUCGAGGGUGAAGAGAGACCGUUGUUCCGUCGGCCGAGGAAAAGUCCCAAACUUGCAGACUCCAGACACCCUUCAUUAUCAGGUGGUGGUGGAGUGAGACAGCGCGUGUCUAGCGGCACGCGGUCCGCGGGCGGGGAGUCGGCCGUCCUCGCCCCGCCCACCCCUCCCCCCACCAGGCGGCUGCGGACAGAUAUACUAGCACGCACCAGGAACGCGUUGAGUUCUAUAGCGUCAUCGACGGUGGGCGACGGCGACAGUGAAUCUGUCCGGUGUCAGGCCCUCCGCGCCCAGUCGCUGGACGUGUUGCCGCGCGACGGACGCAUGCGGCGGCAUCACACCACCCGCUCGUUGGACGCGGACGUGCCAGUCGCCACUGUAUCAGGAGAUCCUGUAUUCAACGGCACCAUCAUAGGCAUUAUAACCGACGACAGAGCUGAAGACAGUCCCCUCCUCCGUAAAUGCAGUCUCUACAAUAAAUUCGAGCGACCCAAGAGGAAAGUGCACGACGCCAACUAUAUAGAGUUCUAUAAGAAGUGGCGUUCAUUAGAAAAUAUUGCCGUGGAGAAGAAUGAUAUCCGCAAGAUGUCGCGCUUCGCUAUACGCUCGUGGCUGCUCGGCUUCUUCAGUGGAACUCGUAGUAGCGACUCGUCUCUCCGUCGAGCGCCACCGCUGUUAGACAAGGAGUCGGCUGUCUGA